UAUAUAUCCAUAAUUAUACCUAUGGCUGAAAAAUAACACAAAGUCUUUUAUCGAAAUCAUAUUUUGAUUGUACCCACCAGAAACUUAGAUUUGCAACAUAGGCAUUUUAUGUUGGAUAUUAUGAGCAUUCUUCCACAUUCAAAAAAAGUACACAUUAUUAAUAUUUAAGACUAAUAAAAUCAAAUAUGAAUAAUUAAGAUAAGUUAUUCCUUCCCUCUGCGAAAAUCAUAAAUGUAAUUCCUUUAUUGUAUUCCAUACAAUUUCAAACCAACUUAUCUUAGUUUUCGGAUCAUAUCCAUCAGGACCUACAGUUUAAUUUUCUGUUCUUAAUAGUAUAUACCUAUAAUUUAACUUAUAGUUACUACAAUUAAAGAUCUAUAAUUGGCUGGCAAUUUCUCAAAAAAGGGUAGAGUUUUACUUUAAUUUGAUCAAAGAUUUGAAACUAUUGUUAAAUACAAAUUAAUUAAGGAAAUAAUAACUCUCUUGUUUAAUGUUGCUUAAGCUAGAUUUACUGAUAAUUUCAUUGAUAGAAUCUUUACAUUCACUACAGAAGGGGAAGCACAAAAUAGAAUAUGGUUUAGAUAAUAUGAAAUAUAUUAAUAAAAAGAGUUGAGAGAAAUUGGGCCAAGAUUCGCUUUAGAAUUAAUUUCUAUUGAUGAAGGUCUCUCUUCUGGAAAUAUUUUGUAUUAAGGUUCUUAAAUAAAUGCUUCACAAACUUAAUUCAAAUAAAAAAUUAGAAAAAGUGAAAAAAAAUUUGAAAAAAUUUUAAAUGAAAUCAACUUAAAAGAAGAAGAAAUUGAGGUUGAAGAAAAUGAUUGA